AUGGCAAAUAGAAAUAGGUAUAAGUCAUUACCUCUUCUAGAAGAGGAACAGUCAAAAUUUGAUUCAAUAUCUGAAAUUCCUUUGCAUCUUUGUACAAUGUCAAUAGAUUCCAAAGAAUUUCUUGUUUACAAUGUCGAAAAUAAUAAAAUCUGUGCAAAAAUCCCAACCCCUGUAUCUUUGAACCUAAUGACCCAAGGAUUUUUAUGCCAAUUAAAUGGCUCUCAGCUAUUUUACUUAGGAGGAAUUUCAAAAACAGACAAAUCCGUUGGAAUUUGCCUUUUAAUAGAUAUAAAAAAUCUAUCUGUUGAAAAAUUACAAACUGGAAGGGCAAGAUGUUUCGCCACACCGGUGUAUCUUGAAAAAUUUGUUUAUGUUUUUGGGGGUAGACGGUUCCCAAAUAACCCUCAAUCUUUUAGCGAUAAAUUUAACCUAAGAAAAAAUAAAUGAAAAAGAAUUGCAAAUUUACCUUUUCCUGCUACUCAAACAAACACAAUUGUAUAUCAAAGAAAAAUCUUAGUUUCUGGUUGAAAGCUAAGAAACAUUUGAAACUAUGACCCUGAUAAAAAUUCAUAUGAAAGCCUCUUUGAGAUUGACAAGGAACCAUGAAAAAUGUUUUAUAUUUAUAAAGAUCAAUGCUAUGUUGUUGCAAGUGAUUAUAAUUGCUAUUCUUCAGAAAAAAAUAGCAUACAAAAUUGGACUUUUCAUAGAAAAGUUUCUGGUAUCUGUUGGCUUCUCUCCAAUGUUUGCUUUUAUAAUGAAGUCUUUUUGUUUUUUGACGAUCUCUCAAGAAUAUGCAAAUUUGAUUUGAAUCAAUUGCUCAUUAAGCCUAUUGCAAAUACCUCAGACACUAAUAAAUACUUUAAAAUCAACAAUAAUUCUCAAAAUAAUAAUAAAAAUAGUUAA